CUAUCGCAUUUUUUAUGUUGUAAAUAGAAACCUAAAUAUACCGACAGCUAAUAGGACGGCACUUCGUGAAGUGCUGAGUUCAUAAAUCAGGUGAUAACACUUAUCAACGUCAGCAGAUUGUCCUUCCCUGGUCCUGGUCCAAAUUGACGACAAGAAAAUGUCAGGCAAUAAUGGAUUACCCAAACUGAUCCCAUGUUUGGACAUAAAUGACCCUCAGUUUGAUGGAGUUGUGGUUGUUACAGACACUGUCCAAAAGCUAGUGGACAAUAAGCUUGAUAAAGUUGCUGCUGCAGUACAGGAAUACGCAAAAGUGGACUCUGCUUUUAACAAAGAUGUAGUUUUGAUAAACACAGAUGCUGUUCCAUCAAAAAGAUUAAUCUUUGCCCCUACUGGGCCUUUGAACAGGGAUUAUGAUGAUGUGAGAAGAUUUUAUGAUGCAGCUGAAAAAGGAAUCAAGAGAGCCCUACAAGCUGGAUGUAAGAAACCCCUCCUUGUGCGUCCAGUAGACAACAGUUUCCCUAAGGCAGGAAGUGUCACCACACUAGGAUGUCUGUCAGCCCUCUAUGUGCCCUUGGAGAUCCGUGAGGAUGUUCCCUCCAGAGCCAGUAAAGCGGAGGCGGUGGGGAUCUGGUGUAACUCGGAGGAGCGGGUUCAACAGGGGAUUGUCCUGGCAAACGCUGUCGAAGCUGGAAGAAUUGUGACCAGAGAUAUUGGUGGAUCUGACCCCGAGAGAAUGGCGGCCCCUAAUGUUGCAAAGUAUGUGGAGGAGGUGUUCAAGGGAACAUGCAUCAAGGUGUCUGUGAAGUCAGACCAGGACCAGUUGAACAAGGAGUACCCUCUGUAUGGGGCAGUCAAUAGGGCAGCCAGUCAGGUCAGCAGGCACCAAGGCAGGGUGAUUUUUCUGGAAUACACAGGAGAAGGAAACACUGAGAAGACACUGUUCUUAGUUGGCAAGGGUGUGACCUAUGACACUGGUGGAGCUGACAUCAAGGCCGGUGGGGUGAUGGCGGGGAUGCACAGGGACAAGUGUGGGGCGGCAGCUGUGGCAGGAUUCUUCAAGAUUUUGAGUGAAAUGAAACCAAAAGGUCUGAAGGUUGUUGGAGCCAUGGCAAUGGUCAGAAACAGUGUAGGAUCAAACUGCUAUGUGGCUGAUGAGAUCAUCACUUCACGCGCUGGGGUCAGAGUUCGGGUCGGGAACACUGACGCUGAGGGACGAAUGGCAAUGGCCGAUGUUCUCUGUCAUCUUAAAGAGCAGGCAUUGAGUGCUGUCAACCCUCAGCUGUUUACCAUUGCCACUCUAACUGGUCACGUAAUCAGAGCCUAUGGAGAAAAUUACUCGGCUAUUCUUGACAAUGGACCAGCUAGAAACAUGAACAAUGCCCAAGAGAUUCAGGCAGCAGGGGAUGAGUGGGCAGAUCCAUUCGAGAUCUCCACCCUCAGGAGAGAUGACUACGACUUCCACCGUGGCAAGUCGGAGUAUGAGGAUGUCCUGCAAUGUAACAACUCCCCCUCCUCCGCCACGGCCCGUGGUCACCAGACACCCGCCGCAUUCCUGAUAGAGGCCUCAGGGCUUGAGAAGCACGGGAAGGAUUCGGACAAACCCUUGCCUUAUUCCCAUCUGGACAUUGCUGGCUCCUCCGGACCAUUCCCUGGUGUCCCCACCGGGGCCCCAAUUGUUGCCAUGGCAGCACGAUUUGUGUUUCCACGAUGCUAAAGUCAGAACGCAUGGUUAAGUCUGUUGGGAUCGAGCAAACGAACUAAUAUUUCAGCUCAAUGAACUCAAGAUCAAAUCUACAUGCUUAUUUAACAAUGUAAGCAGUUAAAAAUAUAAUAAAUUAGUCAGUUGAUGAAUUGGUGAAGGAAUGUCAUAACAUUUGAAUGAUAUUGUCUCAGAACUUCUUUAUAUGUUUGAUUUAUUGAUUGAUAUUUAUGAUUAUUCAUUGACCAAUGCAGAGCUUUUGCAGUACUUUGAUGUAUAAUUGUGCGUGCUGAUUUUCUUAUUAUUAUUAAACACACUUUAUACAA